CGCGUGACAAGUGCCGGUCGCAGUAUGAAGCUUGUGGUUGCCGCGAACCUGCUGCUCGCCUUGCUGCUAUCAGUUCACGAGGCGCCGCUGUAAUAUUUGGCAACUACAAGCUUAUCGUGCUUCUGCGACACUGCAUACCGUUUUAAAUGCCACUCUGUGUUACUGCCUGUUUCAAGCGCCUUCAUCUACUGCAGAGGAUACUUAGUGUGAAGGACAUUGACGUUGAGGGCAGACGGCAACACAGGAGAACUGCCACGAGUCUUGCACCACUAGGAUGUCGGAUGGACUUCUACCUCGUGGCUGUCUACCCGCCUGGACCAGCGACACAAAGGGGCAUAUGUUUGGGUACGACGACCACAAUGGGCCUUCGCAUUGGGCAGAGGAGUACGAGACCUGCGCCGGAAAGUUUCAGUCUCCCAUAGAUAUAGAGGAACACCUCGUGACACAGGUGCGCCUGCCGCCCUUGCACUUCCAUGGCUUUCAGAGCGAGCCAAUCUCCAGCACGGUCACCAACAAUGGGCAUACAGUGAUGCUGCAGAUGAAUAUGUCGAAAAUGGCGUCAGUGUCUGGAGGGCCCCUCAAGGGGAACUAUUUGUUCACGCAGCUGCACUUCCAUUGGGGCUAUAACGAUUCCGUGGGAAGUGAGGACACAAUUAACAACCACACGUUUCCACUGGAGCUGCACAUAGUCAUGUACAAGGAGAACUAUGGGACCUUUGAAAAUGCCACACAUUACAAAGAUGGUCUCACAGUGCUUGCUGUCUUCUAUGAGACUGCUUUCUGCUUGCAGAUAUAUGAGACAGAGAACCAAGUGUACUCAGAGAUUGUGCAGCUGCUGCCAUUUGUGACAAUGCCCAACUCACAACACCAGCUCAAAAAGCUGAUCACACUGGACUCACUGCUGCCAAUGACAAAGCAUCUCUACUUCACGUACAAUGGUUCACUCACCACACCGCCCUGCCUGGAAGUAGUCACCUGGAUUGAAUUCAAGCAACCCAUUCUACUGUCUCACUACCAGGUUGAAGCUUUCCGUAAACUAAAAUCAAGAGAAGGCUUGAUGACACACAACUUCCGUCCAGUCCAGCCCUUAAGUGGUCGCCCCGUGUGGUUCAAUGUGGCUGAUGACAUGAGCCAUGAAAAAAGGGGUCAUGAUAGUGCAGCCAACCCCCUUGAGACAAGUUAUGUCCUUGUAUCAUUUUUUGUGCUACUGCUGUCAGUGCUAGAACGGUGAAAUGUCAGUGGAACAGACUGCUUUUGUAUGGAAUUCUGACAAAGUUUUUAAGAAACACUCAAUCUGAUGCCAUGACUCGGGAACAGUGAGAAGAGCCUGAAUGUUCCUUUCCAUUGUCCCCUAUGUAACUAUUUACUUGUCUGGUAUCCACUUACAAGACAAUGUAGCAUCACAACCCAUAACACAACUUGAAUACACAUGACUGUGAGAACCUCCAAUCAAACAUUAUCCACUAUUUUGCAUUUCAGUGGAAGGAAUGAACUUCACUCAUAAUUUGUGCCACUGAGUAAAUGUCUACUUCCAUAUAUGAUGUGCUACACAGACAGCAUCUCAAAGACAAGCAGAAAUAUUUCUGUAGUAUUCAAUUUUUAGAGAAGCUGUCCAUAUGUGUAAGUACUAUCAAAUAUGGCAAUCAUUUUGUUAGAAUGAGAGAUAAGCUGUGAGUAUUCUUCCUUUGGCAGACAGGUUUUAUGGACUUCACUUGUGAUAAUAUAACAAUUAUUUUUCUAAUCAUUGUGUUGGACUGAAGGUCAAUUAAUUCCACUUCAAAUGUCUUAGAAAUCCUGCCUACAUUGUUGCUGAAUUGUGGGGAGCAAUGUCUGCUGUUUCAGAAUGUAUUUGGAUGUUAUCAAGUAUUUUCUGAAAUUGCCACAGCAAUUCUGUGGUUCUGUAUAUGCACUUCACAUAUUCUUCUUCCGAAAACUUUAUUAUUCUUUAAUUACAGAAAAUAUAUAUUCAAUAUAUAUAAAUUUAUAUUAAACACAAUAACUUAAUUCUGAAACUUGGUCAAGGGCCACAUGUCCCCCAUGGGUUGGACUAUGCAUGGUGCUACUUUAAACUCUACCCCACUUCUGGCCACUUCAGAGAAUGGUGAGGGGUUUUAAUAUUACUUCAAGUACCUGUUAUAGAGUGAAAAACAUGGCAACACCACAACACAUUCAAUGAUCCCAUUAUUUAAUUGUCAAUUCUAGACAAACACAACAAAAUGGUCUUCGACUUUGUCAUGAAAACACAAAAAUUGAUAUAGUUACAAUGUAGUUGCCAUCCAGAUGCAACAGAUAUUCCACUGAUGUUCAGUCCUUUCUGACACAUAACAUAACAUGUAAGAAUAUCUGUGAUGACUCAGGGCAGAUUGUGUUCUUUAGUCUGAACAAGGAUGCCUUCAAUGAACAGGAGCACCCUGGCAUCAAGUGUGAUGAAAAUGAUGAUCAAGCAAGUGUUAACUCAAGAACAUUUUUUUUGCAAGUAUUUUGGAAAUUAUAGAUUGCAAACUUUUCUAACCAGUUCCCAAAGUAGAGUGAAACCCUCAUGCAAUGCUUCUCUUCAGAACGGUAGAUCUGAACAUAAAACUGAGGAAACUCUUUAAUGGAAGUAAUUUAAUACCAUAAUUAGGAUUUGGGAUAACUGAAAUGGAAUGUUAAAUGAGGAAAAACCUUAAUCAAAAAACAAUAAACAGAGGACUUCAAUGUAUUAGCUAGUAGAACAUUAUUUUCACAUUAUGUUUAAAACUGAAAAAUGGUGCAAGAUUAUUUCAUUUCAUGCAUAAAAACUGGUUGAGGACAUACAAGGAACACAAAUAUCACAUACGGGUCUCUUGCAUUCUGGAUACACAUCUGUGAGUGAACAAGGAUUUUCCAUGAUGAUCAGCUUAAAAUGUGCAGAAUAACGGACUAUAAUGUUGAAGAUAUGUUGCACUUUGCCAUUAGCAAGAUACAUCGCCAUGCUUGAGAAGAAUACAGCCAUAAACAGCAUAUUAAUAGUAAUAAGUUUUAAUACUUAAGAUGAAAGAAUUUGAUAUAAUAAAAGCAUCCAAAUAUGUCAAUGGGGUUUGUAACUUUUUACAUUUUACCGCUGAUGUCAUACAGUAGUAUGAAGUUUGUUGUAAGUAUAUCAUUAAAGAUAUUUUUCAACUUCUCUGAAAUUAUGAAAAUACCAUUUUAACUUUAAUUUAAUUAUCCAUAAUACAGCACUGUGCUUUCCACCUGCUGAAUUUUUUGAUGCAUUCCUCCCUAAUGUUAAUUAACAAAAUAUUAGAAUUUUCAUAUGAGCUGGAAUAGCUCAGUUGGUAUAGCAACUGACUACAGGCUGGAGGA